AUGGCCAAGCCAUUCGGGGCCAUCCGGCUGGGGACCUAUCUGGACAUCAAGAGGAGCGACGGGCGGAUCCACCCGGCUCUGGUGACGGCGCUGCACGACGACGCCAACAACCUGACGGUGGAAUGGAUCGAAAGGGGCACCAACAAGGGCAAGAAAGUGGAGCUCGGACAAGCUUUCAGCCUCAACCCGCACUUGGCCCCAGUGGAGUUCAGCCCGGGGACGCUCUCCCCACCGACCCCGUCGGAGCAGGGCGACCACCCAACGCCGCCGCCCCACUACGCGGGGACCCCCGCCAGCAGAGAGAAGCCGGGAGGGGACGGGGUGGAGCGCGAGCUGAGAAGAGCCCCUUCGACGGCCGGCCGCAAGUCGCCCUGCGUGCUGGAGGUGGAGCGGCUGCGGGUGGAGCGCGAGAAGCGCCACUUGGCUCUGCUGGAGAGGCGAGCUCGGCGCGACGCCCGCGACGCCCACCCGCACGCGGACCUGAUUGCCAUGAUCCAGCAGUGCCGCGAGGCCCUGUUGCGCGGUGGCGGAGGGGCCGCCCUGUUGGCCCAGGGCGGCCUUCUGCCGCCCAGCGGCCGCAGCGACGGCGCCUCUUCCCGCAAGAUCUGCGUCUGCGUCCGCAAGCGGCCGCUCAACCAGCGGGAGGCGGAGGUCAAGGAGGUGGACGUGGUGACCAUCCCCUGCUCGGGUGUGGUGAUGGUGCACGAGGCCCGGCAGAAGCUCGACCUCACCCGCUAUUUGGAGCAGCAGACCUUCCGCUUCGACCACGCUUUUGACGCCGGCGCCACUAACGAAAGCGUCUACGAGCACACGGCCCAGCCGCUGGUGGAGACCAUUUUCCGGGGCGGCAUGGCCACCUGCUUCGCCUACGGGCAGACGGGCAGCGGGAAGACCCACACGAUGGGAGGGGACUUCUCUGGCAAGAAGCAGGACUCCACCAAGGGCAUCUAUGCCAUGGCCGCCCGCGACGUCUUCUUUCUGCUGCAGGAGCCCACUUACAAGAUGCUGGAGCUCCAGGUUUUUGGCGCCUUUUUUGAGAUCUACUGGGGGAAAGUCUACGAUUUGCUGAACUGGAAGAACCGGCUAAGGGUCCUGGAGGACAGCAACCAGCAGGUCCAAGUGGUGGGCCUGCUGGAGCAGGAGGUCAUCUGUGUUGAGGACGUCUUGAAGCUCAUUGAGAUUGGGAAUCGAUGCAGGACCUCCGGCCAGACCUCAGCCAACUCCCAUUCCUCCCGGAGUCACGCCGUUUUCCAGAUUAUCCUCAAACGCAAAGGGAGACUGUAUGGUAAGUUUUCCUUGAUUGACCUGGCUGGCAAUGAGCGGGGAGCAGAUACUUCCAGGGCAGACCGACUAACCAGGUUGGAGGGAGCCGAGAUCAAUAAGAGCCUCUUGGCCCUGAAAGAAUGCAUUCGAGCGUUGGGGCGCAAUAAAGGCCACACACCUUUCCGAGCUUGCAAGCUGACCCAAGUCCUAAGAGACUCAUUCAUUGGAGAAAACUCUUGCACCUGCAUGAUUGCCACCAUCUCCCCAGGCAUGAAGUCAUGUGAACACACACUCAAUACCCUCAGGUAUGCCAAUCGGGUAAAAGGUCUGGUGGUCGAUCCCAAUGCCUUCAAACAGUGCCAUCGUAUCUUGUCAAAGUCUCUCUAUCAGCUGGAGGAUUCCACACAGCCUUGGAGCAAUCAUAGCUUGCCUGAGACGGAUCAGUUCAAAAUCUUCUGCAUACAGAAAGAGGAUCAAGUCCCUUUGCCAGCUCUUCGCAUCAUCUCCAGAGUGAAAGGGCAGAAGAAGAGGAAAGAGAUUGAGAAAGCUCAGGCAGAAGAUCAUCAGGAAUCACUGCGAUGGCUGAAAGCUUUUCUGAAGAUGGCUGAAGAUGUUGAAUACGACAUGGAGUUUUACGCCACCCAGUUUGAAACCAUGCUGACAGAAAAGAUUGCUCUCCUUUCGGAAAUACAAGAUAAAGUGAAAUCUUUUAGGGCUAACCUCUGUAAGGAAGACUUGGAGAACAAUGAGAUCCUUAUGAAGAGAUCCCGCAUUCUGUGA